GAACCGUGUCUUGUUCCUCUCUCUGAGGCUCUCGGAGGAAAAGGAAAAGAAAAAGUAAAAAGGAGAGAACGAAGGAAGAUCUCAGACAUGGAUUCGCUAGAUUCCGUCGUCGAUCCAUUGAGAGAGUUCGCUAAGGACAGCUAUCGCCUCGUCAAGCGCUGCCACAAGCCAGAUCGGAAAGAAUUCACGAAGGUCGCGUUUCGUACGGCUGUCGGCUUCGUCGUGAUGGGAUUCGUUGGGUUCUUCGUGAAGCUAAUCUUCAUCCCCAUCAACAACAUCAUCGUCGGAUCUGUUUAGGUGGAACACCUAGCUUUAUGCAUCCAGCUUUGAAAACACUAAUCAUGAGUGCUAGCUAUGCAUCACUAUAUAUUUGUUGGCUUGAUAAACAAUGGUGAAAACCUGUCUUCAUUUGCAGUAAAGUCUGUUGGUCUUGGAAUGGAGCACUGAUUCAUUGCAUAUGUUUCAUUUGAAAUGCAGGUAAACGUGGGGUUGUAAAGGUAGAAUGCAGGGAGUAUUCCAUUCACAUAGAUGAUUAUGUAGGGGAAGGAUGCU